CGCUCCCGCACCUCCUCCGGCUCUGCAGCGGCGGCGGCGGCGGGAGGCGAGGCGGAGCGCCCGCGGCAUCGGGAGCCCGAACCGAGCCGGGGUCGGGGCACAGCCAGCGGGGACCCUCGGAGGCGGGACCCGUGGGACCGCGAUGGGCGUGGAGAUCGAGACCAUCUCGCCGGGAGACGGAAGGACAUUCCCCAAGAAGGGCCAGACGUGUGUGGUGCACUACACAGGAAUGCUCCAAAAUGGGAAGAAAUUUGAUUCAUCCAGAGACAGAAACAAACCUUUCAAGUUCAGAAUUGGCAAACAGGAAGUCAUCAAGGGUUUUGAAGAGGGUGCAGCCCAGCUGGGUCCUCUUUCUCCUCUCCCAACCUGCCCCAUCCCUGCUAGAUGAGCUUGGGGCAGAGGGCGAAGCUGACCUGCACCCCGGAUGUGGCAUAUGGAGUCACUGGCCACCCCGGUGUCAUCCCUCCCAAUGCCACCCUCAUCUUUGACGUGGAGCUGCUCAACUUAGAGUGAAGGCAGGAAGGAAUGUAAGGUGGCGGGAGAUGGCUGCUGCUCACCCUCCUCGCUGCUCUGCCACUGGGACGGCUCCUCCUGCUUGGGGCUCUUGAUCAGUGCGCUGCCCCACGACAUCAUCCAUUCUCUCUGCCCAAGCUGCUCUGUAUGUGUUGGUCAUUGUUCACGCGCAUCUUUGCUUGAGGAAACUUCGGUUGCAGAUCGAAACAUUUCAGGUUGUACGUUUUGCAUGUAAUAGCCAUUCUUGAGAACACAAAAUUUCUUGUUUGCACAAUCUACACUGCCUUACCUUCACUUAAGCCAGACACACAAGGUGCUCAGACACGAAAUGUACAUGGCGUACACCGAGGGACUUGAGUCAGUUACCUUUGCUGUCACUUUCUCUCUUAGAAACUGUUGGCUGCUGACUUACAAACUGUCCUCUUUGGAAAUGACGUGUAAAAUAAAGGCUCUGUGCUUGACAAA